CUUCGAGCUUGCCACGAGCACAAGGAGGCAAUUCGAGUUGUACGAUUGUCACAUCACCGGCACGACUACUCUUCAGGACAUUCUGCAAGAGAAGGGGCGAGGUGAGAGAGAGGAGUGCCCCUGUGAGGGCUCGGAGUCUCUUUGCAGGGACGAUAGCGGAAAUCACCAUGAAGUAUGUAACACUAUGCUUGCUGUUGAGGUGGACGGCGAGAUACAGGACAAGACAAGGGAAUAUGCGAGCUCCAAGCUAGUUGUGAAGAUCAUUUCCAGCCAUGGCCAUCCGGCCUUCUUAACAGUGAUUGACUUUGACCCUAUGAGCUGGUCUCGUCAGCAAGUCAAGGCAUUGGCUCAGACUUUCCACCACGCAAUAUCGGCUGUCAUUCGAGACCCCGAGCAACAAGUGGGAAACAUGGAUUUGUGCAGUGAAGAGGAUGUCGAACGUAUGGCUAGAUGGAAUAUGCUUUUCAGAAGGACCUCCAUCAAUGACCAAUGCGUGACGGAGAUUGUUCUGCGCUCUUGUCGCGAACGACCAGAAGCCAUCGCAAUUUCAGCUUGGGACGGGGAGGUCACAUACGGCGAGCUAGAGCGGCUCACCGCUAGGCUUGCCACAAAGCUGAUCAGAAUGGGUAUUGGCCCCGAGGUGACCGUUCCCAUACUUACGGAAAAGUCAAAAUGGUUAGUGGUCGCGGCCUUAGGCGUGAUGCGUGCGGGUGGUUCCUUCCUCACGGUGGAUGUAUCCAAUCCAUUCGAGCGCAUUAGAAAGAUGAUUGAGACCGUUUCUGCGCCAUUUGUCGCGUGUUCGCGCGGUUGCGAGUCGCUAUCCCGUCGCUUGACCCCGACAGCCGUGAUCAUUGAAGACGCUGCGACCUCUCUCGACCAGGACAUUGACGACAGAGCUCUGCAGCAACAACAGGAGCGAUCGUCACCCUCAGAUGCUCUCUACGUGGUCUUCACAUCAGGGAGCACGUCGGAGCCUAAGGGUCUAGUACUUGAGCAUAGGGCAUUCUGCGCCUCGGCUCUGGCAACGUUAGGACCGCUGAUGCUGGGACCAGACACCCGCCGCGUACAAUCUGCCGCGAAUGGGUUUACCCUGUGCAACCGCGAACUUCUGCUCAUGCCUAUGGUGGGGGGUUGCCUUUGUAUUCCCUCUGAUAACGACAUACGGACGGACCUGGCAGGGUUCAUCAACCGCCACCGUUGCAACUAUGCAUUCUUGACGCCAGUUUUGGUGGACGUUGUGAAGCCACUUGAUGUCCCGACCCUUCGUGUGCUCUUGCUUGGGGGGACAACAAUUGGCAUGUCCCAGGUGAAGGAGUGGGCAAAGCAUGUGCGUGUGAUGUACGGGUAUGGGGCAACUGAAACGGCCGGGGUUGCCAUACUAGCUCCUGACUUUGGGCCAGGUUGGGAUGAACGCAGCGUCGGGUAUGCCUGUGACCCUUGCUUGUGGGUCGUAGAUGUGGAUGACCCGAACCGCCUGGCACCUGUCGGAGCCGUCGGGGAGCUUGUGCUUCAAGGAAAGGGUCUCGCAAGGGGGUAUUGGGGCGACGAGGAGAAAAGUCGUCUCGUGUUCAUGAGGUCAGCCGACUGGCAAACCCGAGUCACUCCGUACGGAUUUGGCAGUUUCCGAGAGCGCCUCUACCGCACUGGAGACUUGGUGCGGUACAAUCUGGAUGGGUCUAUCCAGUACAUUUCACGAAAAGAUAGCAUGAUUAAGGUGAGCGGCAGGAGGGUGGAUCCCGGGGAGAUUGAGCAUCACCUCACCAAGUGUCCGGAGCUCGUCAGUCGCGGUGUGCGAAAGGUUGCUGUCAUUACAGUAGACGGACUCAAGCAUCGUGGGAAGAUUAUGCGGGCGCAACUCGCUGCGGUCAUUCAACAUAGCUCAAGCUCAGCGCAGGGCCCAAAAGUACAGAAAGCUGGGGUGUUAGCCAUGGUUCGAUGUGAUUCAAAGUGCGAAUUGGCAACAGCAGCCAAGAAGUAUCUGAUGACCCGUGUCCCUGGAUAUAUGAUAUAUGAUGCCACCUCACUUUUUCCUCGUCGAAGAAAUGCCGCUGAACAGGAAUAUCCCGAGCCAGAGGAUUCAUGUCCGACCCCGAUGGCCAUUUCAACAAGGGCAAACUUGGCCAAAGCGACAGAAGCGCCGCAGGUUCCUGUGGCUGAUAAUGCACCAGACGACGCAUCGGUCCCGGUGAUGCAGUUGCGGAAAUUGAUAUCUCAGGUCCUUAAGCUUCCUCAAGAUACGGUCCGAGCCGACAGCAAUUUCUUCGCAAUCGGAGGAGAUUCAAUAACCUCAUUUCAGCUGGCUUCGCUCGCAGGGAGAGAAGGUCUUCAUUUGACAGAAGAUACCAUUCUAAACUGUCCAAUCUUGUCCGACAUGGCCCAGGCAUCGAGGCCAAAACCUUCACAUAAUGGGCGCCAGGCAACGCGGACGAGCUCUGGCAAAGAGCAAUUCGCUGCUGCUCAGAAUGAAGGAUUGCGUCGACUAGUACCGGCGGAACUAUCUUCUUUGGUGCUCGAGAUGCUGCCCCUUGCCGACUUUCAACAGACGAGCUUGACAAUGAUGAACUACCGGUAUUUCCGGUUUGGCCUGCCCUUGAACUUCGAUCGGAGCCGGGUCAUCCGUGCUUGUCAGCAGCUCAUUGCUCGGCAUACAAUUCUGCGAACGGCCUUUGUCUCUCAGAAUGGUGAAUAUGCUCAGGUAGUGUUGAAAGACUGGCCGCUGACAACUCGUGACUUCGAAACGGAUGAUCUGGACCGAUAUUGUUCGGACGACAAUGCUGUCGCAGAGAGUCCCUCAAGUGGUAAACCGCCCUUUGUUUCGCAGUUGGUGACUCUCAAGCAAACGGGCGACGCGUUUCUCGUAUUCCUGAUCGCCCAUGCGCUCUACGACGGGCUUUCGGCCUCCGUCCUCUGCUGGGGGCUACAGACGGACGUUGCGUAUAAUACUUGGCGAAAGGUCCUGCAGGGAACCCGGAUGACUUCACUACACGAGCACAGACUUCCUAUCCCCGGGCCGGAGGGCAGUACUGCACGGCCGGCAUCUGUGGUUAAUGUCGUGAAGACAAUCCCUGCUGUUUCCUUGCCAUCCGGGAUCACCCUAGCCAGCUUGCUGAAGGCGGCAUGGGCUGUCACGCUUCUCCGGUACUUUGCUUCGCAAUCUGAGAGCUCUGGGGCUGUCGUCUUCGGACAAGUUGUGCACGGACGGAAUGUCGAUGUGGCCCAUGCUGACCGCAUCCUCGGCCCUUGUAUUAGCAUUGUCCCUGUCUCCGUCUUGUUCGAGCCGAUGGUCUCCAAAAUUGCGGUCCUUCACGCGAUUCAACAGCAGCACCUCGAGACUAUGCCCUACUCCGCAUUGGGAUAUCGAGACAUCUGCCACGCCAGCCAUUAUCCCCUGCCCAAUAAUCCUUCACAGGCAGCCAAUGUGCAUAUUCUUCCUGAGGCGAACCUACUGCAUGUGAACAUCGCGAUCUCGAGUCACAUCCUUAGUGAGCCGCAGGUAGAGUACCUGGUUGGGGAGUAUUGCCAGACGAUUCAAAGUUUUGACAGGAGCGUCAUUGAACGCGAGUCGCAUAUUCUUGGACCGGAACCCUCGCGUGUGUAA